AUGUUCAAGAAGGUAAAUAAUAUAAAAGAAAAUGAUCAACUUCUCAAUUUGGGUACAUUCAGACUAAAACUUGCUGAAACCCUCAGCAAAUUGGGUCUACCUGCAAAUGGCGCUAAACGUGGUCGACCUAGUGGGAGCACAAUACAAAGAGAACUUGUAAUGAAGAAGUUCCGAGGACCAGCUCAAGCAAUUCCUUUGAAAGACGUCAGAUUGGAUCAGACAUGUCAUUGGGCAGUUUGGAUAAGCUGGAUAAGCAGCAGAGGUCGAGACGAUGAAUUCGUGAAUGGCGAUUUCAACCCCGGCAAGCGUUGCGUAAACAUGUGGGACGAGGGAUGCGUGAAUGGGCAACUUGUUGGAUCAGGUCGGGACGAUGAAUUCGUAAAUGGUGGAUUUAACCCUGGCAAGCGUUGUGUCAAUAUGUGGGACGAGGGCUGUGUGAAUGGACAACUUGUAGGAUCAGGUCGUGACGAUGAGUUUGUGAAUGGUGGGUUCAACCCUGGUAAACGAUGUGUGGGAGUAAGCUGCAACGCACAUAAUUUAGGUAAUGACCAGCGACGCACCAAAAUAAACAACAGACUCGCCUAUUUUCUUACGAAACACUUCAAGAAUAACCACAAC